AUGGCAGCAUCGGCAGCCGAGCAGGCCCCGGGUGCGCCAGGCUCCAUUCAGCCUGCCGACAAGGACGGCGGCAGCGGCCAGGCGCAGCUCCGGUUCUUACGACCCAAGAAUUACACGCUGCCCCAGGAGUGCAUCCAGCACGAGCUGCUGUAUCCGCCCAUUUUCGACCUGCUCCGCCCCUACUUUGUUCGGGGCAUCAGGAGGGAGGACUUUGAUGCCUGUGUGCCAGCCGCUCCAAAGGACUUCAACAUAGACCAGGGGACCCCAGGCCAGAGCAAGUUCCGGAUGCUGCUGUGGGACAAUGAAGUCUGGGUCAUCAGCGGCGGCCUGCGGCGGCAGAUGUUCCAGAUGCUCGACUAUGGGCAGGUUAUGCAGAUCCAGGCUGUGGCCAAAAGGUGGGGUUUGCCCAACAUGGAGUUUGUAGUGGGAUGGGGCGACAUUUUUGGGGUCAAAGAUGACGGCGACAGGCGCUGCCCGCUGUUCACUUAUUGCCGCAGCCCCGAGAGCUAUGAUAUUUUGAUACCUGAUGGCCACUUCCUCCAAUUUAAGUAUGACGAGUGGGUGGAGAAGAUGAAGGGCGGCGGUGACGUCCCCUGGGAGCAGAAGGAGGAGCGUGCAGUGGGGUAUUGGCAUGGUUACUGCGCCUACCUCCCCCAGGCCGACCGAUUCGGGCGAAGUGAAAAGUGCAUACGCGCCGCUUAUGUCAACCAGUCGGCGUUGGGCACAAAUUUGACUGCCUUCUCCACUGGAGAGCGCGAGGCGCUGUCCUUGCAGGCGCGCUUCAAGUACACCCUCAGCACUGAUGGUCUGGGAUGUAGUGGGCGUUUCCAAAAGCUACUGGCGACAGGGCAGGUGGAGUUUUUCUAUCCGGCGUUGAGGCCCUGGGUGCACUAUGUGCCCUCGGGGUACAACGGCAUCGAGGAGAUUGAGCGCAUUGUGCAGUUUCUCAGGGCUAACGACGACAUGGCGAAGGCAAUUGGCCAGAACUCACAGCGCUUUGCACGAGAGCAUCUCAACGAGGAGGCACGGCAUUGCUACCUCAAGGUCCUGAUGGAGGAGAUGCACAAGCUCAUAACCUAUUCUCCAAAACUGGAAGACUUCCCCACGCGCAUCACGUUCGAUGAGGACAUGAAAAAAUACGCAAAGGAAGAGCUGCAGCGACCGUCGGUGGAGGCACGAUAA